GUUCUCAUUUCAGGUUGCUGCAACAGCAGACAAUUGUCUUCUUACCUUAUACCCCUACUUGGCAAUACACUACUCUGAUCAAAAAAUCAUCUGGAAAAGCAAAAAUAAAGACUUCAGCGCUGGAGAAGUURUUCUAGAUAUAUGUGGUACACCACAAUCUUCUUCAUAUAGUAGUUCCUCAAGUUCUUUUGGUGAACCUACUGACUCAACUUUUGACUAUUCUCUAUCGGAGGCCAGCACUUUUGAGAGUGAUGAAUUUAUAAGUGAAGAGAGUGAAGAAAUGAGUGAAGAGACUGAAUCUGAAAGUCGAAGCCUUGUGAACAGAAAUAAAUGCAAAGUAUCAUUUUUUCCUGAUGAAGCAAAGGCGGAGUACGUCUUCUUUCAGAAGAUCCUAACUGCUGUGAAGAAUUGGUUCACACUCUUUGGCUGGACKAAGGGACACAAUCCCAUUUCAAUACCUUAUUCACUGAGACGUGAUGUGUGCAUAGUCCAGCUAUCAGUUUCACAAGAAAGGAAUUUUAAACGAAAUCUUGACAAAGAUAAGGGUUUUUAUGAGAUGUUACACCAUCUGAAUGGCCAGCCAAUACCAGGCAUUUCAGCRAGCCAGUCACUGCCCACUGAUCCAGUAGAACGAAUGUUCCAGCUCCACUGGCAGCAUUCUGAAAUGCUUGCUUUCCUCAAAAACCAGGGAGCAUUUCUUUCUCAUGUUUUGCCAGAAUUUCUGCUUUCACCUGAAGAUUAUAAAAUGUGGAUUGAAGUGCAAUCUGGAGUGAGGUUUUUCAUGCCUGAAGUGAAGAGAGGAAUUAUGAGAAACUCAGGCAGAUUAAGUGCUGGGAAUAUUUUCACUCUGGAGGGCAAUGAAUUUGAGACAAUGAGCAAACGAGCUUGGAUGGAUGUCCUACUGCAGGUGUACAAGGUAUUUGUUCUUCCACGCAUUUCUUUCCGUGCUGUUCCUGACCCAUCGAGCUUGGAAAGCAUGCAUAACAUGCCAAAAAUAAAAUCAGAACCUUUAUCCAGUAACAUAUAUUCUCGAUAUGAACGAAUCAUCCUCAUCUGGUUGAAUAAAAAUUAUGAGAAAAAUCGAAAAAUUGUGUGGAAAGAUAGUAAAAAAGGUGGAAUACCACCCAUGAGAUGGGUGGUGAAUUUUGACCACGAUCUUCUGGAUAGUCUGGUAUUGGCAGCCCAGGUGGCAGCUUAUUGUCCAUAUUUGAUUCCCACUCACUUCCUAAAGAUGUAUACUGAUCCAACAACCCAUGAACAGUUUCUGCACAACUCUUUGAUACUUGUGAAGGCUCUGCAUACUGUCAAUCUGGAUAUGGCCAUAAAGGCCUCUGAUAUCUGUGAUCCAAACCCUAUCAUGAUGCUUAUUUUGUGUGUCCACCUGUAUGACAAUCUCCCUCACUACAUACCCAGGAACAGUAUAGACUUUACAGGUGCUCUCCAUACAACUGUUGUUAAACAGGUGCGUCUGAAGAACCCAAGCCGUAGUAGUUUGGUGUACAAUGUUAUUCUUGUGGGAAGAGAUGCUCGUCUUUUCUCUUUACCUAAAGGACACACUGUCACCAUUCCCCCUUUGAAACAAGGAUUUGUAAAUGUGGAAUUCACAUUUCGUUUCCUGCACCCAGCAGAAGCACUGUUAAUCCUGAUGUCAAAUAAAGUUGAUGGAAUACAUGGUGCCACACUGACAUUCGCUCUGAAAUCUGAAGUCAAGUACAUUGAGCUUGCUGGUACGAUGAAGUGCAAAUCCCCAUGUUAUGAGCUGGCGAAAUUUGAYGUUGAUAUUAUUAAUCCCUUCAGAACUGAUGACGUAUUCAGGAUAAUUUUGCUGGAAUCCACACAGUAUGGAAUGCAGCCACAGAAAGUUUAUGAAGCCAUGCAAGCAAAGGAAGAGCAAAAGCUUAGUUUUCAAAAUAACACAUUAAUUUCAAAAACUGGUGUACUGCCUCAAGAUCCAAAGAAAGAGAUUUGCUCUGAUCAGUCUGGCCUCCUGCAUGAGUUCUUCUGUCCAAUGGAAACAGUACUYGUGAAAGCGAAAGGUUUAACAACUAUAGAGAUUCACUUCCUUCCCUUUUAUCUGGAGAAGCGUUACUGCACUAUCAUUCUGGCUAAUGAAAAGGUUGGRGAGUUUGUGUGCCAGAUCGAGGGAACAGGUGAAUUACCUUUGCCUUCACAACUGCCUACCUUCGACAGCCCAAAUAUUUURCAUGCUACUGCAGAAGGUGCAAAUGAAGUGCAGACAGUUUUAUAUUUGAAAUGUUCCCUUGGCUGGACUCUUGAGGAAAAGCUGAAGAUUCCUUUGAUCAAUGAGUCAAGAGAGAGGGCCCUGGCUGAAGCUGCACAGCAGCAGAUGUCAGCUGUUGAGUAUAAAAGGAGGUUGAUGACAGGGACUCUGCAGAGCAGCAGCGUUCGAGUUGUAACUGCACUGCUGGGCUUGUCCAGAGUAGAGAGACGUGCACUUCUGGAACCUCGUAACCACCCCCCAGGGCUGAAGUACGUGAAUUACAACGUAGAAUUGAGCUUCAAAGAAUUCUUUGAAGUUCCUAAAAAAUUCUCUAUUCCAGUGUUGGCUUCAGCCAGAGUUAAUUUGGAAGAUUCAUCAGCCUUUGGCCCUGCAUCUCAGAAAACAGGUAUAAUUGAUACWGUUGAGUUCCCUAUAAAAUUCACUCCUCGUCGUGCUGGUUGCUACCGCUGCCAGAUUAUUCUCAAGUCCUCCUAUGAUGUUCGUGUCUAUGAGAUUGAGUGUGUGGUGCAUGCAGAGCAUGCUGAUGCUCAGCUUGAGUUUGUAAGUCCAGCUUACCAGACGGUGACUCAGGAAAUUCCAAUUAGUAAUAUGUCCAGUGAAGACUGGAAGUUUGAAGCAAUUUUGGAAGGACACUGUUUUUAUGGCCCUUCUGCACUAAAUGUGCCUGUGGGUGAAACAGUCCAGUAUUCCCUCACGUUCAAGCCGGUUGCUGAGUGUAUAAUAAGGGGAAGGCUUACUCUGAGAAAUGUUACAGCUGGAACUCAGAACAUUUUCAGCCUUAAGGGAAUAGGGAAGAAACCUCUGCCUCAGGAUUGUAUUGUGGUCGAGUGCCAAGUGGGGAAGAUCGCUCAUAAAAUCUUAUGGGUGCACAAUUAUACCAAGAAAGUAUUAACAUACAAGGUGUAUUCAAAUCUYGCCAUCCUGAGUGGUGCYUCUGAGCUGACUGUGAACCCAGAGGACACUGCUGCUUAUACUCUGAGUAUAGCUCCCUGCACACGAGGAGUCUUUCAAGGUGUCGUUUCAUUUGUUGCUCGAGAUGAAACCCCCCCACCCCCUCCAGCCAUCCGCCCCUCGCUGCUCAGCACACCACAGAAGACAACUGGCAAAAAGACCUUUAGGAAAAUGAUAAGGAAGUCAAUGCGAGCUCUUGCACAGGGAGGAAGUACUUCAACUUGCAAAGUGUGGUUCUCCUUAAAGAUUUACUGCACACCUGCAGCAGCGGAAAAGACGAUAGAUGUGAAGUGCAGAGCUCUGGAUACGGUUGGAAUCAAUAUUCCCAUCACUAAUCCUACAGAUAAAUCCCUCAGGAUGGGUGUGCUGCUGGACCAUCCAUCCCUUUCCGGAGAAAAGUCUUUCACUAUUGAGCCCAAACAAACAUUUUCAUAUCACUUACUGUUUUCCCCAUCUGGUCUUGGCUCUUUUAGUGGAAGUGUCAUGUUCCGGUCAGACCUGAUUGGAGAAUUCUGGUAUGCCCUGAAGUUCAUCGUAGAGAAGCCCUGGCCAACUAGUCUGCCUGAUAUCUCAUGUGAGCUUGGAAAAUGGGUUUAUCAGUACAUACCUCUUUCUAAUCCUACUAAUGAAACUUUGAAGCUACAAAUGUUUAACAGYGAUCCCAGCCAUUUUGCAAUUGAGACUGACCCAGAACAAUCUCUGAAUAUUCCUCCUCACUCCACCACUCAACUGCCCGUGCGAUUCUGUCCCUCUGAGCUUGGAAAACACAAUCACAAGGCGACGAUAACCUUCAAAUGCCCCAAGUUUGAGGAGCGGAUAUUUCACCUUGUGGGGUCUGGGCUUCCCCCUGAGCCGAUGGAAAUAACCACCUUAAGUGCCUGCAUUGGUGGACACGCUUCUGCCAUCAUAGCCUUUGAAAAUCCAACUUCAGAAAAUGUGGUGGUAGAUGUCAUGCUGACAGAUCGGGAACUGUUGAAUCAGCAUCCAAGUGUAUCUGAGCUGUCCCAGUCYACCAUGCAGGAACCUGUUUUUCGUCUUCUGUUUAAACAGCCACGAGGAAUCCGAUUAGCUCCCAAAGAAAAGCUGGACAUUCCUCUGUUAUUCACACCAGAGAAAAUGAAAGUUUAUAAAGCUGAGGUGGUAAUUCAUGUAAUGAGAGAAAAUGGUGAAAACUGGUCUUACAAGGUUACUGCUGAUUCAGAUACAGACUUAAACAGAAAUAUUACUCUGACAGAAAAUGGAGAAACUCGGGGAAUACUCUGGAUCUAUCCGAUUCAUGGAACRCCUGAAGCACCGCAGCAGAAACCAGUUGUGGUACGCUGCCAAGCCAGGCAGAGACUAGAGCAGAGAGUGGAGAUGCUGCUGUUUGGUGUAGUGCCCCAUGAACUGCCCAAUGCAGGGAAUUCUGCCACAGUCGGUGCAGAUCAGUCGUCCAACACCCAGGAAGUCACUGAUGGUUCCUCUGAAACACUGGAGUUUGUAUAUGAAUUGCAAUAUAAAUCAGAUGAAAUUAGAUCUCAGCUUGAACCUUUCCUUGGAAUGGAGCUGGUUGAAAAAAAAUGGGAUACAGAAUCCAAAAUUGUGACACUGAUCUUUAAUGUAGUGUUUGCACCUAGCAAACCAAUGAGGAAUGAGGCAACCCUUGUAACUCAGUGUGAUACMGGAGGUCUGUGGAAGUUUCCUUUGCUGUUCAUUGCCACGGAGCCAGAAGUGGAUGAUGUGAUCAACAUUGAAGCUGUUGGCCUSAAUAAGGAAUCCAUGGUUGGCUUUAAGCUCACAAGCCAGACAAGCUGCCCGGAGCCAUUCACCGCGUAUUUCCUGGCAGGCAGCGAUCCCGAUUUCAUUGUGAUUCCCCAAGCUGGACAACUUCUCCCAGCAGGCACAGUGGGAACCCAAAUAACAGUGGGAUACAAGCCAAGGAUAUAUGGCAAGAAGCACAGAGCAACACUGGUCAUCGAGACACAAUCAAUGAAGUGGACAUAUGAWAUCAAUGGAGUUCUUCCACCUUCUGUGCCACUGACAAUGGCUGCAAAAGUAGAUUGUACCAGCAGCUACACAGGAUCAUCCACGGUCCGACAGCGCAAUUUUCUACAUGAAAAUCUGAAACUUAUAACCACUGGACCAUCCUCACCAAUCAAGGGGGCACCUUUGGUUGUUAGGCAAAAACAGAAAAAGUUAUGAUCUGUUAAUUUUUUUUUUGUCAAAGAACAAAUAAAUUCUGCAGAU